GCGUCCAGGACAGGACGCAUGAUCAGGGGCGGACAUUCGUUUUGUUCUCCUCCUUCACGGUUUGGUCCGACCGAGAGAGAGAGAUCGUGUUAUUUCGGGUAGCUACUAUUGGCAUACGGCAGGUGAGUUCACGACAGCUCACACGGAGUUUAUAGACUACGAGCCUGGCAGUGUAUCUAUCUCUAGUUAAAUAUAGCGAGUGUCCUGGUUUCAGCACUGCAGGUCGUUAACAGCUCCAACAACACCAGAGGAGAGCGGAGAUUUGAAGAGCCCCUCCCCGCCCAAGUAACAACCAGAGCGGGUUAGAGUCCAAGCGCAGCCCUGUUGUCAGUUUCAGCACCACCAGCAAGGAAGAGCAGAGCUGUCCAAACAUCCAGCAGUUUGUGACCGCUAUCGUCGGUUGGAUCAUCCACACAACACAACACCCCCAAGACAGCUAUAACCGGGAGUAAUCUAGCGGAAAAUAGCCUACAGCCACCGAUUGAGUGGAUAUUUUAUUUCAGAAUGGCGUCCAAAGGAAUGGGAGUUCUCCUUCUGCUCGGGAUUUUUGCUGUGACUGUCUCCCAGAUUUCUGCUUUUCCCACACCUGCCGAGGAUGAUAAAGCUGUAGUUUACAACAGACGACUGACUGAGGAGAGACCAAUCCAGGAGCAGAUUGCAGAGGCAGAUGAUGUGAAAGCAGCAGUGGAGUCUGCAGACACCAAACCUGCUGUGGAGCCUAAAGAGGUGAAAGAGGCAGAACCAGAACAAGAGAACGAUGACUUCACUCUGCUCAAGUCCCUGGCCGAAGGUCAAAGGUCAAAAGAGACCAAUGAGACGCCGGUCAGAGAGAGCCUGGAGAAGGAGCCUUACUUUCCAGACGAAUCAGAUUCCACCAAGAACCGCCGGCUAGUCGAAGACUAUGACUCAACAAAGAUGGAAAACGGCAAGUACCAAGAUGACCCAGAGAGCUUCAGGCAAGUGGAUGGUACCCCUCUAACGGCUGAAGACAUCGUCCAGAAGAUCGCUACUAAGAUAUACGAGGAGGACGACAGAGGUGUAUUUGACAGGAUCGUCUCCAAGCUGCUCAGACUGGGCCUGAUAACAGACAGCCAGGCAGACAGUCUGGAGUACGAGGUAGCCGAGGCUCUUCAGGACCUCAUCACUAAGAACGCAAAGAACAAUGAGAUCGAGGACCUGGGAGAGGACUAUCCCGUGACCCGGGGUGACCAGGAUGACCAGAAUCCCGACGCUAGCAUGGAUGUUACUGGUUCCCCCAACCGUCGGUACGAUGAAGAAGAUGAUGAUGAUCAGGCGGCCAUUGAUGACGACGUGGACAGAGGAGAGGGGGAUGACACAGUGGAUAACACCUGGGAUAGAGAGAGUGAGGGAGAAGGGGAGGAGGAGAGGAGUGAGGGAGAGAGAGAUGAGGGAAACGAAUUGAGCCCAGAGGAUGGUCUUCAGGACCUUCAGUACUUCCCCAACUUCUACCGUCUGCUAAAGAGUCUAGACUCAGAGCAAGACGCCCAGGAGAGAGAGACUCUGAUCACUAUCAUGAAGACUCUGAUUGACUUUGUCAAGAUGAUGGUGAAAUAUGGAACCAUCACACCUGAAGAGGGAGUCUCCUACCUUGAGAACCUGGAUGCUAUGAUCGCUCUGCAGACCAAGAAUAAGCUGGGGAAAACACUGGGGAUCCCUGGCAUCAUCCCUCCUACAGGGAAGACCCCAGAGGACGAUGACAACACCAAGGCAGAGGCGGCCAAGAUGCAGAAGGAGUAUGAGAACCUGAAAGACUCAACCAAGGAAGAAGCGCCGUCCACUGAGACCAGAGAUCACCCAGGCAAGUCUGAGAUCUACUUGGAAGCCAUCAGGAAGAACAUUGAGUGGCUGAAGAAACACAACAAAGACGAGGGCAAAGACGAUUACGACCUGUCCAAAUUGAGGGACUUCAUGGACCAACAAGUGGACUCCUACAUUGACAAGGGCAUCAUCGAGAAGGGUGAGGGAGAGACCAUCAAGAGGAUCUACGGCAGCCUGUAACCUUCAACCAACCUUAAAAUAACCAACAACCAACCUUCAAACACCUACGACCAACCUUCAAAAAACCACUGGAAAUGUAUGACGAUUGAUAAACCUAUGAAUAGGGCCUAGAGUUGUUCCUUUUCUGGAAACAUGGUUUGGAAAAACUCCUGGCUUUACGACUCACUCACAAUGAGCAGAAUCCAAACUUGACAUGAUGAUCCCUGAAAGUAACUGACUGAUUUUGGUGUGAAUUCUUACCUUGAUGUCAGUGGGAGUUUGGUUUGAAAGUUUGAGUAAAGCGAGUGGAUCUCAAGUUAGGAUUCGGCCUCUAUGAGAGGAAAGGUAUGACCUUUAUGUAUUCAAAAUAAACCAUUUAGGCAAAAACAUAUUGUAUUUGACAUUUCCAGAAAGCUGGAAUGCAAUAAUGGUAAUAUUAUCACUGAAAGUAUAUAUUCAACUAUACUGCUAGAAAACUAUCAGCAAUAGUCCGAUGUCACUGAAUGGCACUGACUCGAUUGGGAAAUUCAAUAGUCCGAUGUCACUGAAUGGCACUGACUCGAUUGGGAAAUUCAAUAGUCCGAUGUCACUGAAUGGCACUGACUCGAUUGGGAAAUUCAAUAGUCCGAUGUCACUGAAUGGCACUGACUCGAUUGGGAAAUUCAAUAGUCCGAUGUCACUGAAUGGCACUGACUCGAUUGGGAAAUUCAAUAGUCAGAUGUCACUGAAUGGCACUGACUCGAUUGGGAAAUUCAAUAGCCCGAUGUCACUGAAUGGCACUGACUCGAUUGGGAAAUUCAAUAGUCAGAUGUCACUGAAUGGCACUGACUCGAUUGGGAAAUUCAAUAGCCCGAUGUCACUGAAUGGCACUGACUCGAUUGGGAAAUUCAAUAGUCAGAUGUCACUGAAUGGCACUGACUCGAUUGGGAAAUUCAAUAGUCAGAUGUCACUGAAUGGCACUGACUCGAUUGGGAAAUUCAAUAGUUAUUCUGUCAAAUCAAUUGACUGACUGAUCUACUUACUAGAUGACAGCUUUGACUACCUUGAGGAGUGAAAUGUUGACCUACUGAGGGGGAAUGAGUGUUCAACCAUCCCAAUGGACACACACUGGUUGACUCAACGUUGUUUCCACGUCAUUACGUUGAACCAAUUUGGAAUAGACGUUGAAUUGAUAUCUGUGCCUAGUGGAAAGGUUGUAUCCCAAAUAGCAUACUUUUCCAUAUUUAGUGCAUUAUUUUUGACUAGGCCCCAUAGGGCUCUGGUUAAAAAUAGUGCACUAUAUAGGAAGUAGGGUGCCAUUUGGCAGAGAGAGGUCUGAUAGUAGAGUUCCAACUUUAGCUUUCUCAUCAAUUGCAGGUAAUAUGUAUGUCUUUGCAAUAGACUUUUGCAACAAGUACACAUAUAUCUAAAUGUAUUCAUUCUAUGUAAUCUGUCCUAUCAUAUUCUAAUUCUUAUUUUUUCAAUCCAGCAUCAAUGUAAGAUCUAUUGUAUUAAGGCUUUUAACUCAACCAAAAACAGUUGUGUUGUCCAGUAUCAUUUCAGCCCUGUAUGUCCAUCCUCUCCUCUUCGUUCUGGGGUAACUCCUUUGGGGCCCUCCAGGGGGCCCUGUCUGUGUCAUUUCCCUCUAUCUGAUUUCUGCAAAAUGGGUAGUAGUGGGAAGUUGCCUCUAGAUGCUGAUCGUGGAUCAGUUGUAUAUUUUCCCCACUAAUGGUAAAGGUUAGGAUUGUGGGAGGACAAGCUGAUCCUAGAUCUGUCCCCAGCUUCAAUAUGUCUCAGUAUAUUUAACAUGUAUACUACCACUCUAGAGACACAAAAUUAAGUAUUUUUAAAUGUAAAUAUUUGUGAUGUUUUUUCCAAAAAUGUAAAAGCAAUUAAAACAUUGCCUUUCUUAA